AUGCGAUUGUUACAGGAUGGGGCACCUUGCCACACAGCACGUCGCACAGCGGCUGUUCUAGCUGCUCUCAGGGUAAAUAUUCUGCCAAUGCCAUCCCGCUCAUCGGACCUCAAUCCGAUUGAGCAUAUCUGGGAUGUAGUCGUAGAGGAUUACGAGGAUUAUAAACUGUGGCGAAAGAAUCGGCCGUUUUUAGAGGAGCAGUAUCGUAUUCUAAAUACAGAAACCGAAAAGCGUUACGAAACCAGGGACGGUAAACGUGUGGAAGUGACCAAACUUCAUCAUCCAGAAUACCGUUCACCAUGCCCAAGCGUGCAGCAGAGGAUGUUCUCCACUAUUCAAGAACUAAACGAGCACGACCACAAGAACCAAGAAUGGGAAAACGACACAUCAUCGGACGACGAGGAUACAGAAACAAGCGACGAGGACGACGAGAAGGACAACGACGAAACUGAAACAUCAUCCGAUAUCACGGAGGAGACAAACGACUCACCUACUACCCAAAAGCUGAUCUCGUCAAAAGACAUCAGAGAUUCGACAGAUAAACUUCUCCAUACCGGGAGUGACCUCAUGUCGAUACGGAGGUCAAGGUCGGGGACGCCCUCGUGGGUGGAUAAGAUGAACGAAGAUUCGCUUCCCCGGGGAAAGGACGACGCCUCCUCGUGGUACUAUGGAGGCGUUCAUGGGAUGCCAAUGCGCUAUCACGGAGAUCCAGGGCCUCUAAAUGGCGCAUACAGCAACUACCAUAGCGGUUACCAUGACAACGUGUCACUCAGGUCAAGGUCGUCACGUGGCACCAGACGUCGACGGAGGAACACGUGCUGUCUCGCGGUUUUUCUCACUUUGGCAGCCAUUUUGAUAGCUAUUGGCAUCGGCAUUAUGGUGUAUUAUUUGCUCAGAAAUGAUUCGACGAUAGCAAACGGUUCCUUGCCGUUGCUCAACGUUCCAUACAAUGAUGCCAUGAAGGACCAGAAUUCAGAAGCAUAUAAAGACAUCGCAAAUCCACUAUGUGGACAGAUCGAUUCUUACAUUCGGAAGAGCGAGGUUAAGCAACAUUAUGAAAACUGUACCAUAGAGUUCCUUAUCGAUGAUACUCAACCAGACCGAUGCGGCUGUGCCAACAUUACAAACACGGUUGUGCACAACACGAGAGCUUACCUGAAAUUGAUAUUUCGUGGUGACGUCAGCAAUAUAGAAGAUCGCAUAUUUCUUAUAAUAGAACAAAACAUGAGGCGACAACGGGGAACUGACUAUGACGUCAUCAUGUUAGAUGACUUCAUAAUUGAUAUUCGGUCGUCUGCUGCUCAGUUUACAACCGAGGCACCACCUGACGAAGUUGGCCUUCGCCUGAACGUCACAGUAUGGGUGUACAAUAUGACGUGGAUGGGUGAGCUAACUAAUCCGUACAGUAGGGAGUUCAAGGAUCUAGCCUCGCCCUUUUGUGAUGACUUACAAAGAAUAUUCGUUGACAGCAGCCUUGGAACGAGGUACCACAGCUGCAGAGUGUCGAAAUUUAGACCUGGCAUCGUGUAUACAGAUAUUUGGCUGACCGGUCGAGACGUCACACUCGGGCUGAACACCACCGUCAAGACACUCAUCCUAGAUAGCGCCCGCUCCGUCCGAGUAAAUGGCACCUCUCGCAAAAUAUUAGGAACGCUGCUAAUAACGCCUGCUUCUGGCAACAACGCAAUCGUCAACGUUGACGUAGAGGUGAACCCCGGUACGACCAUCGCUCCGACACCCUCAACCACCCCUGGGCCCACCAACUGGACCGAUGGCAUGCCGUAUAUUGAAACCCUCCUAUACUUUACCGGCAUUGACUACACUGGGAACUUGUCUGAUCGGAACAGUGACUUAUUCAAGUAUCAUGCCAGGAAAUUCUGCAAAGAGCUUGAAAAACUGAUUCUGUUUAGCCAAUGGAAGCAAAAUUACUACGACUGUAACCUUGUCAACAUAUAUCCACCAAUCACAGGCCAGUAUUUCCCGUACAUGCGCACUAUGCUGCAUGUGAAUUCCAACAUCCUAUCACCAAACGAGCUUACUGACAUCAUCAAGAUGUACGCCGGGAAAUACGUAUUUCCGGAUGGCAUUGAGACGUACCGUAUUGGUGAUUUCUACAUUGUACUAAAAGACGGUGUAUUUGAGUUGUACAACUCGACCCGCUAUGUGACAGACUCCACCCAGUAUACACUCCAAUCAACCACCUACCCGACGAUAUUUACAACCCUCGUGUUCUCAACGCUUUUAAGCUCGCCCGGGGUCGUAACAUCGACUGUUGUCUACACUGCUUCACUCGUGAAUGUUGUCUGCGAGGUGGUAAUGAGCAUUCCCGGAGAGUUACUGGACAAAUCAUCGUCUGUGUUUGUAGCCCAGCAGUCCGCCUUUUGCCAACAGCUGAAGGGUUUCUUCGAGUCUGACAUUGCUCUCAGUGCCAAAUAUUACCUCGACUGCAAUAUAGUGACAUUUAGCGACACGACUUCGAGUAUUAAUUUCCACUUGGUAUUUGGUACGGAGGCAACACAUGACCUCGCAUCAAAAGUGAUUGACGCCAUAGAUUUCAGCGCCGAGUACAUCGACUAUGGAGGCGACAUGCAGUUCAACGUUGGUGGCAUUGUUAUCAAGCCCUUUUCGUGCAGCGCUAAUGUGUACCCCGUCAAUUACACCAUUCCUUAUCCGAGCAUGUUUCCAUCCUUGACACCGACCUCGACGAUAAACCUUCCAUCAGCUGGUUUCCAAGACUGUUUACGUCAGCCAUGUCGUCAUGGGGGCACGUGCGUUGAGACAUUUUCGGGCUACAGGUGCCAGUGUACUUCCGCUUGGGCGGGUACAGACUGUGAAAUAAAGGUGUCUGAUCCUUGCAGUCCAUCGCCUUGUAAGCAUGGCGGUCAGUGUACCGGAUCAGCUGACCAGAUGUGCCUGUGUCCUGACGCCUGGGAAGGAGCCUACUGUGAAAUAGACCAUGAUGAGUGUUCGGACAAACCGGAAGUGUGUUUAUUCGGUGGAACGUGCACAAACCAGAACGGAGGUUUCCGUUGCGCUUGUUCCCCGGGAAGAACAGGUCCCACGUGCAAUACAGGUGUAAAUGAGUGUAAAUCAUCCCCCUGCCGGGCCGGAUCACAGUGCCUAGACUCGGAGACAUCCUACGUAUGCGUGUGCGAGGAUGGCUGGACGGGUAAACACUGCAUGGAGGACGUUGACGAGUGUACAAGUCAAAUCUGUCAGAACGGGGGCACGUGUUUAAACACUGUUGGAAGUUUCACCUGCGCUUGCGCGGAUGGUUGGAGCGGGCCCGUCUGCAGCAUAUACGCGGACCAGUGUAAUGGCGAAAACCCAUGUCUCCAUGGAGGCACUUGCCUAGAUACGACGGAUGACAUCCGGUGUCUGUGUCCGCCUCAGUGGACAGGCACAAUCUGUGAUAUAGACUUGGAUGAGUGUAACUCGGAUACGGAAGCAUGUAGCAGCCAUGGUGAUUGUGUCAACACGGACGGCGGUUAUAAUUGUUUUUGUUUCCCGCCUUGGGAAGGAGCCAAGUGCGAAAAAGAUCACAAUGAGUGUACGGACCCUGCCAUGGGAACUCUGUGUUACAACGGGGGGUCGUGUCUCAACCAAUGGGGAUCGUAUGUGUGUCGGUGCCCGGCCGCCUGGACAGGGUCAGACUGCAAUACAGAUGUUAACGAAUGUAAUGCUUCCCCUUCGAAAUGCUUGAAUGGGGGAAUCUGUGAAAACACGGAUGGCGGUUUCCGAUGCACGUGUAACGAGUUCUGGAAAGGAAAUACUUGUUCAAUAGACAAGAAUGAAUGCAGUGAGAAUGCCGAGUACCCUUGUCAAAAUGACGGCGUAUGUACCAACACCCUGCCUGGUUAUUUCUGUACGUGUAUGUCGGGGUGGACAGGCGACCACUGCGAAACUGAUAUAAAUGAAUGUGAAGAAAGUCCUGGUAUUUGCUCGAAUGGGGGAACGUGUUUAAAUGAGGUCGGGAGUUACCGUUGCCAAUGUCCUGCGGGACGUGCAGGACUGCACUGCGAUGGAAGUACUAACCCAUGUGACGCCAUCAGGUGCCUCCAUGGAGGUACAUGUGUGUUGGCAGGUGAUACGGCGAUGUGUAUGUGCACACCGAGGUUUACAGGGGACAGAUGUCAGGCUGAUUUCGACGAGUGUGCCAUCGGUGUUAAUCCAUGUGUGAAUGGAGAAUGCCGGAACCUCGUGGGCACCUACUAUUGCAGCUGUGAGCCGGGUUAUACAGGGGAGCAUUGCGACCAAGAUAAAGACGAAUGCCUGGAGGUUGAUUGCGACCACGGAACAUGCGAAAAUACAGUAGGAUCGUACCGGUGUUUAUGUGAACCAGGAUGGGCUGGGAUGUUCUGUAGCAUCGACAGUCCCGAGUGUUCUAUAUUGGAAAGCCCAUGCAACGGUCAUGGUCAGUGCAAGGACGUUCCUGGGUCGUAUGUUUGUUUCUGCGCCAUUGGGUAUACAGGGCAGUACUGUCAAGAAGAUAUAGACGAAUGCCAAGAGAAUGUCUGCUUGAACGGAGCUACAUGCGAGAACUUACCUGGCAGUUACCAGUGUAGCUGCAAUGAAUAUUGGACUGGAUCGGUGUGUGAUAUCGACGUGAACGAAUGCGCGACGUUGACGUCUCCGUGUCUUCACGAUGGAACGUGUACCAACCGGGAGCUUGGCUAUGACUGUCAGUGCACGUCUCAAUGGACCGGACUCACAUGUGAUGAAGAUAUCAACGAAUGUACAGCAGGCUCUAAUCCGUGUGCAAACUUCGGCACGUGUAGGAACAAACGUGGCGGUUUCACGUGCACGUGUUCUUAUGGUUGGGAGGGUGAGGUUUGUGACAAAGACAUUGAUGAGUGCACGAGGGACCGACCCUGUAAGAACGGAGCAACGUGCACGAAUAUCGGGGGAUCCUACUACUGCACGUGCGCUGAGGGUUUUACAGGGGCCAACUGUGAUACGGAUAUAAACGAGUGUGACGACAGCAUAUGUAAAAAUGACGCGCCUUGCAGUAACGCUCCGCCAGGUUCAUUCACUUGUUUGUGUCCGGAUGGAUGGACGGGCAAAACAUGUGAAGAAGACGUGAACGAGUGUGGCCAGUUUUUGGGUGGUUGUUAUAACGGCGGGACGUGCACCAACUCGAUCGGUGGCUUUAGCUGUGAAUGUUCGGCUGGAUACACCGGGGAGCGAUGUGACACGGACGUGAAGGAAUGUCCGAUGGGUGUUUGUCAGAACGGAGCAGAGUGCUUCGAUUUUCCUGGUGGGUAUUACUGUGACUGUGUGGGCGACUUCACCGGACAAAACUGCGACGUCUUGAUUGACCAGUGUCCAAGCUGCCAGAACGGGGGUACCUGUGUUAACAGCAAUGGCGAAUAUUCAUGCAGCUGUCAAGGAGGAUGGACCGGUACACUUUGUGAAACUGAUAUACGAGAAUGUGACACUCCAAGUUUCUGCAAGAAUGGUGGGACAUGCACAGAUUUUCCGGGAGGUUUUGACUGUGACUGCAUCGAUGGAUGGAUUGGAAAAACCUGCACCAUGGAUCGCAACGAAUGUUCCAUCGUCAAUUCCUUCUGCAAGAAUGGAGCAACGUGCACAAAUUCGCAAGGCUCCUUUUCAUGCGCAUGCGCAACUGGUUGGGAGGGAGCUCUAUGCGAAACAGACAUAAAUGAGUGCAUGGUGCCGAGUGGAAACCCUUGCCGUAAUGGGGGAGAGUGUGCCAAUGAGCCUCCUGGAAGCUACAACUGCACCUGUGCUGAAGGAUUUACAGGAGACAAAUGCGAAAACAAUAUAGACGACUGUGGUGAAAACCCAUGCAUGCACGAGGCCACAUGUUUAGAUGGCGUGGCAACCUUUACUUGUCAAUGUGUGGUCGGAAGAACGGGGCGGAGGUGUGAAAUCGGUGUAAAUGAAUGUUUGCCGCCCAGGAACCCGUGUAUGAAUGGUGGUCAAUGUUUGGAUGAAGAAGUUGGCUUUACGUGUCAAUGCCCCGGAAACUGGAAGGGAGAUCUCUGCUCGACUGAUGUAGAUGAAUGUCAGACGAUCACCUGCGCCAAUGGCGGUCGGUGCGUGAAUACGGAUGGUUCUUUCGAGUGCAAAGAUUGCUUGGAGGGAUGGACAGGCCAGCUCUGUAACACAAAUAUCGACGAAUGCACUCUCCCUGGCAAUCCAGUAUGUAAGAACGGAGGGUUGUGUACCGAUACAGAGGGUGGAGUUUCCUGUAACUGUACGGGCACAGGCUAUGAGGGAACCCGCUGUGAUGUGGACAUUAAUGAAUGUUUCCCGGUCACAAUGAAUCCUUGCAUAAAUGGAGAAUGCAACAAUGUAGAUGGAACAUUCGAAUGCAGGUGCAUAGAUGGAUACCAAGGAGACCUGUGUGCGGAAGAUGUUGACGAGUGUGACGGCGAUCCAUGUCUCCAUGGUGGAUUAUGUUCCAAUAGUGUCGGGUCGUACGCUUGCACAUGCACAGAUGCAUUCUACGGGAAAAACUGCGAAAUUGAUGUAAAUGAAUGCCUGGGCGAACCGUGUGAGAACGGCGGCACGUGCGACAAUACCUUUGGAAACUUUACCUGCAAUUGUCUUCCGGAAUGGCAAGGACCCACCUGUUACAUCGCGGAUUUGAAAAAGGCUCUUCCUGGAGUCACGUUUGUAAUGUCUGAAUUUAAGUCGAGAGGUCCAAUACAACUGGAUGUCAACGAGUGUUUAAAGGAUCCUCCAGUUUGUCUGAACGAUGGUGUUUGCGAGAACACAGAAGGAGGUUACACCUGUCAGUGUAACUUUGCAUGGACAGGAACCUAUUGUGAAAAUGAUGUUGACGAGUGUAAAGAGCUUGAAGAUGCAGCGUGCUAUAACGAUGGCAAUUGUACCAACACAGAAGGGUCAUUCCGAUGCUUCUGUCCAACCGGCCUGACUGGCGAGAGAUGUGAUGGAGAUAUUGACGAGUGUGAGCAGUCGCCCUGCAUGAACGGAGCCACGUGCACCAACUUCUAUGGGUCAUACGUGUGUCAAUGUGUAAAUGGUUGGACGGGGCUACACUGUGAAACAAAUAUUAACGAAUGUGCGGAGGGCUUGUGUGUAAACAGCAUGGCAUGUGAGGAUACCAAUGGAUCGUACGUGUGCACGUGUAUGCCAGGUUGGAUGGGCACCAACUGUGACAUUGACAUUGACGAGUGUACGGGUGCGAUUAUCUCCCCUUGUCUAAAUGGCGGAGUCUGCAAAAAUGUAGCUGGCACGUAUGUGUGCGAGUGUACCCAGGGAUGGACAGGAUUAACGUGUGAUACAGACAUUAACGAGUGCACAGCCGAACUCUGCAAGAAUGGAGCAACAUGUGAAAACAACCCGGGUGGGGUAACGUGUAGCUGCGUUGGAGGCUGGCAGGGUCCGACAUGCGAGACAGACAUUAACGAAUGCACCAGUGGAUUACACAACUGCAAAAACGGCGCAUGUUCGAAUUCCCCAGGCUCUUACGUUUGUAUUUGCAAAACUGGCUAUACAGGCAGCGAUUGUUCCACAAACAUUAAUGAGUGCACAAGCGGAACACACGCAUGUAGGAACGGUGGUCGUUGUAUUGACCUUCCAGGGUCAUACUCGUGUGACUGUUCAGCCACAGGGUACACUGGAACGAUUUGCACUGCUGACAUAAACGAAUGCACAAACGGUAUGGCUGACUGUCAAAAUGGAGCAGAAUGCACGAACCUACCUGGGUCAUUCUCUUGUGAUUGUCCCGAUGGUUUUGAUGGACAGCGAUGCAAUACAGAUAUCAACGAAUGUUCAACCGGAAGUGACGAUUGCGAAAAUGGAGCCACCUGUGUCAACACAAAGGGAAGCUACACUUGUUCGUGUGCUUCAGGAUGGGGUGGAAAGCUUUGUUCACAAGAUGUGAACGAGUGUGAUGUAGGUACAGUGCAGUGUCAGAACGGCGCAACGUGCGUAAAUUCCAUGGGAUCUUUCAGCUGUAAUUGCAGUGCUGGAUUUGAGGGCCAAACAUGUGGAAAUGAUAUAAACGAGUGUACGAAUGGGGACCAUGACUGUAACCAUGGGUCCUGUGUUAACACGGUGGGGUCGUUUACGUGUGAUUGCGAGAAAGGCUGGCGGGACAUCACCUGCAGUACAGAUAUUAACGAGUGUAGCGAAAAAAUCGACGAAUGUGAGCGAGGCAGCUGCUCGAACACGGAGGGAUCGUACACGUGCGAUUGCCAAUCUGGUUGGACGGGACGGUUUUGUGAAAUAGAAAUAAACGAGUGUGAGGCAUCGUUGGACAACUGUGACAAGGGUUAUUGUAACAAUACGGAGGGAGGGUACACAUGCGUAUGUGACCUUGGCUGGGAAGGGACACUAUGUGAUAAAGACGUGAAUGAGUGUACACUUGGCAGCGAUCUGUGUGUUAAUGGAGACUGUAUCAACAAUCAAGGUUCCUACACAUGUAACUGUAUGUCUGGCUUCACUGGACCACUCUGUGACAAAGAUGUAAAUGAAUGUGAAGGUGACGGGUCCAAAUGUGUCAAUGGCACUUGCGAAAACUCUAUUGGAUCAUACACAUGUAUUUGCAACACUGGCUGGGAGGGAGUGUUUUGCGAUAAAGAUAUCAACGAGUGUAGUGGGCCGAUAUCUGUUUGCGUGCAUGGUGACUGUACAAACGAGAUUGGCGGUUUUACGUGUACGUGCGAUGCCGGUUGGACUGGUAGCAAGUGCGACAGUGACUUAAACGAAUGCAUCCUUGGGAAAGCCCUCUGUGUCAACGGCUCGUGUGAAAAUGAAGAUGGCUCAUACAGAUGCAAUUGCUUUUCUGGAUUCGAUGGAACAUAUUGUGAUAGAGAUGUUAACGAAUGUCUACGUGGCUUGCAUCAAUGUGACCAGGGACGUUGUGCAAAUAGUCUUGGUUCCUAUAAAUGCGACUGCUUCCAAGGAUGGGCGGGGAACCAAUGUGAUGAAGGUAAACUAUCCAUUGCAUUUAGGACUUAA